CAAUCGGGCUGUCAUGGCUCCAGGUGCCGGAGGAAAGAGAAAGAGAGGUGAUAGAUCGUGGUCUGGCGAUUCAGGGAACGACGGUCAACGACCAUCGCCCCAUCGACCGGGCAAUCUCAACAUGGCGCAACAUAACUACGGUCCGCAGUCUCGCGAUUACUCUGACGCGCGCGGUCGAUUACGAAGGCAAUCCAGUCGGGGUGGAAGGAAUAGCAUGGGUCGCAGGCCCAGCACCGACGGUCAGAACCCUCCUGGUGGUCGGAGGGAUAAUGCCAUGUCCCCGCCCAGCACAACUCCGGCGAAAGACGUCUCAGAUCAAAGCCAGGCAAACGGCGUCCCUCCGACAACAGAUCACCAAAAGCCCCCUCCAUCACCCUCUCCCUCCUCUUCUCAACCACAAACACACAUCAAUCCAUCGCCCGCGCCUACUCCCAUGCCGGCACCUGCCCCGCAAGCUCAGGCAUCGGCUCCCCAGCCUCCUCCCGGCCCUCCCCCACCGUACGACUACGAGUAUGUUACACAAAACGCCAUCGACGAGUGGGCCACGACUGGAAAGAAGCAUCUCGUGGAGAGGGGUAUCCAAGUGAGAGAUGCGCAGGAUGCCGCCGCACUCGCUUCGAUAUACCAGGAACUCAUACGGUCCGCCCUAUACGGUCGUCUAUCGCCGGAGGAAGCUGGAGCUGCAGUCAGGGACAUCAUUGGCGAAGAGGUUGCUGCAGAGGAUGUUGAUAUGCAGAAUGAAGGACAAGCGCAAGCCCUCCUCGACACUCGCUCCUUGUUCCUGGACACUCUAUCAAUCCUCACCGAUUCCGACACUUCUAAUAGUGCCCUGAGACCGCUCGUGUUCUCUACGGGGAUUAACUCCGCUCUUAUGCGCCUCCAACUCGACACUCAACUCCUUCAGUCCCUGGGACUUGUCCGCGAAACAUUCACCCGCAUGGGCAUCCGCAAGCAGACGAACCUUCUUUAUCGGCAAUCGAAUUACAACCUUCUGCGGGAAGAGUCUGAAGGGUACUCCAAACUGCUUACGGAGCUGUUCACGACGAGUAAUAAUGAGCCCCCCUCCAGCGAAGUUGUCGAAGACACUUUCGAGAGGGUGAAGGCGAUGAUUGGUGCGUUUGAUAUGGAUGUCGGCCGUGUUCUUGAUGUUACUCUCGACGUAUUUGCUGCUGUUCUUGUUAAGCAGUACCGCUUCUUUGUGAAGCUCCUGCGGGCUAGCUCCUGGUGGCCGAAAGAGGAUGCCUUCCGCACAGUCGAUGCAGGUAACCGUGAUUCUGGCCUUCCCAACUGGGCCUUACCUGGAUCUUCCGGAUGGGUAACUACCGAUGAGGAACGACUUGAAGCAAUGAAAGCGAACGAGCAACGAGAUCACGAAUUUUGGAACCGAGUCAGAGAAAUCGGAAUUCGUGCUUUCUUUGAAAUUGGCCGCCGGCCUGUGUCCAAGGAAGAGCUACAGCGGAUUCUUCCGGAAAGCAACAGUCUUUCGGAGGAGGAAAAGGAGAUGCGGAAAUGGAUUGAGGAAACCGGCACACUACCGCCCAAGGGAAGUCGAGUAGCAGCACAGUUGCUUGGUUUCAAGCUUCGUUUCUAUUCCUCCCGCGCUCGCGCUAAAUCCGAUGUCCUUCCGGAUAACCUCAUCUACCUUGCGGCUCUACUGAUUAAAGUCGGUUUCAUUUCACUACGUGAUCUGUAUCCGCACCUCUGGAGACCGGAUGAUUCAAUGGAUGCGCUCAAGGAGGAGAAGCUCAAGGAGAAGGCCGAUCGUGAGCGGGCAGCACGGCCCGGAGGUGGCAUCAAUGCCUUGAUGAUGGCUGGUGCUUUAUCCGACGACACCCUACCUAUUCCACGCAUCCGCGAAUCCGAAACCCGAUCUGCGACUCCUGGAAAAGACCAGGAAACGGACAAAUCCACAGGCGCGAAGACGGAGGAGGACGAGCUUCCUGAGCCUUCUGACCAGAAAGUGAUGCUUCUAAAGAGCCUUCUUGCAAUUGGUGCCCUCCCCGAGUCUCUUUUCAUCCUGAGCAAAUUCCCCUGGCUUAUGGAUGUCUACCCCGAACUCCCUGAAUUCAUCCACCGCAUUCUGCACCACUGUCUUGGCAAGGUCUAUUCUUCAUUACGCCCAUUACCCUCGGUAGAAGUGCUUAAAGAGCAGAAGCAGAUACUCAACCAUGAUCAGUCCGGUGUGCCGAAGGGGCAAAUUCGACUGGCACAGGCGCCACCGCGCCGAGUUCUCCGGUGGGCUCAACUCGACAAAGAAGAUACAAACGAUGGAACCGACUACAGGUUUUACUGGGAUGAUUGGGCGGAUAAUGUUCCCAUAUGCCAGACUGUUGACGACGUCUUCGCACUGUGUUCAUCCUUCCUUAAUCUAUCGGGUCACAAAAUCGGCCAGGACCCAGGCUUGCUAACCAAAGUCGCAAGGAUCGGAAAGGAUAGCAUGAGCAAGGAUCAUUCGCCAGAGAAUCGAGCUCGUUGGCAGGAUCUUUGCAAAAGACUCCUGGUCCCGUCGAUCAGUCUUACCAAGGCAAAUCCCGGUGUGGUAAAUGAGAUAUUCGACCUCAUCAGUUUCUUCCCUAGGGAGGUACGGUACAAUAUGUAUGCCGAGUGGACUUCUGGCCAAACUUCUAGACUUCCCGACAUCAAGUCGGCGUUUGAUCAGGCGAAAGCAGAAACGAAGGAUGUUCUUAAGAGGCUCAGCAAAACGAAUAUUCGACCUAUGGCUCGUGCCUUGGCCAAGAUUGCCUACGCCAAUCCGGGCAUCGUCAUCAGUGUGGCCAUCAACCAGAUUGAGUCUUAUGAGAAUCUUAUCGAAGUCGUUGUGGAGUGUGCGCGCUACUUCACAUAUCUUGGGUAUGAUAUCCUGACAUGGGUCAUGAUUAGCUCGCUCGGCCAGAAGGGACGAAGCCGCGUUCAAGAAGGUGGCUUGUUGACUAGUCGUUGGUUGAACGCCUUGGCGACAUUUGCAGGACGGACUUUCAAGAGGUAUUCGGUGAUGGAUCCCACUCCGGUCUUACAAUACGUUGUGGAGCAGCUUCGCCAGAACAACUCGACAGAUUUGAUCAUCCUUGAGCAGAUGAUCAGUUCUAUGGCGGGAAUCAUCACCGACAACAAUUUCAACGAUGCACAAAUUCAGGCCAUGGCGGGUGGCGAAAUCCUACAAUCUCAGACAAUCUUGCAGUUGCUAGAUAAGCGACACGAGUCAAAGACUACCUCCAGACGACUUAUGAAGUCUCUCACUGUUUCAAAGCUUGCCGGACAAUUGCUCAUUGCCAUUGCUCAAGAACGAUUAAUCUGCGUUUUCAGAGAAACGGAAGGCGCUUCCGAGCUCAAGCUCCUAGGAAACAUCUUUGAUGAGAUUCACCGUAUUCUGGUUCAGUACCUGGAUCUGCUUCGCAGCAACUUGUCGGUCGAGGAAUUCGAUUCAUUCGUCCCCGAUUUGGCUUCUCUCAUUAGCGAUUUCGGCAUUCAGCCCGAAGUGGCGUUUUGGAUUCGGCGUCCGAGUGUUGCAAAAAAGGUUGCAGAUAUAGAAAAGACAAUGCAGGAUGAAGAGUCCGCAAAGACUCCGGUGGCAUUGGUAUCCAGCCGCGAGAGCGAAGAGACAUCCCCAUCCAAGCCCGAGGCUGACGAGAUGGAAACGACGGAAGAUGGGGAGGCAAACGUGACUGAAGGUGAACAGCCGUCGGAGAAUGCCAUGGAUGUCGAUACCGAAAAGGCAGAGACCGCGAACAACACCGACAGCAACGCUGCUACAGUACCGGCUGGUUCUGUCACUACCGAGGUGCCUGCUCUGAAUCCCGUCAUGCAAGACCUCCAAGACCAAGUCAAGGCUGUCCUGAGUCCCGAAACGUGGGGCGUUGUUGGCUUACAGUUCUACGUGACAUUCUGGCAGCUGUCUUUGUACGACGUACAUAUACCUCAGAAAUCGUAUGAAGACGAAAUUGAUCGGCAAAAGAGGAAGGUUAUGGCCAUCAGCAACGAUCGGUCCGACAUCAGCAUGGCAGGAACGCAAAGAAAAGAGCGAGAGAAAAAGCAGAUCACGCAACUCCAAGACCGGAUAUUGGAAGAGAACAAGGCCCAUUUGAAGGCCUACGGCCAAACAAGGACCAAACUACAGAAGGAGAAAGAUCGCUGGUUUGCAGGUAUGCGUGGGAAGCACGAUUCGUUGAAUGUUGCCCUUCUGGAGCAAUGUUUCCUACCGCGUCUCUUGUUGUCUCCUAUCGAUGCAUUCUACUGCUUCAAGAUGCUCAAAUUCUUGCACACAACUGGAACGCCGAACUUCCGAACCGUCGGCCUCCUGGAUCAGCUAUUCAGGGAGCAAAGACUUACCGCGUUGAUAUUCCAGUGCACAUCAAGAGAGGCCGAUAACUUGGGUCGAUUUUUGAAUGAGGUCUUACGCGACCUCGGCCGUUGGCACGCCGACAAGGCUGUUUACGAGAAGGAAGCGUUUGGUACCAAGAAAGACCUUCCUGGAUUCGCCAAGAAUGUUGACUCGGAUGGAAAGCCAGCCAUUUAUCUGGAGUACGAAGAUUUCCGUCGGCUUCUGUACAAGUGGCACCGCCUAUUCUCCUCCGCUCUGAAGACGUGCUUGAACGGUGGCGAAUACAUGCACAUUCGUAACGCUAUCAGUGUGUUGAAGGCUGUUGUGCAGAAUUUCCCUGCAGUGAACUGGAUAGGCCGGGACAUGUUGACUAGCAUGAAUAGCUUGAGUCAGAACGACGAACGAGAUGAUGUCAAGAUCCCGGCCGCUUCUCUAAUCGGCGAUCUUAACCGGCGUGAAAAGAAAUGGUUGCUCCCUCAAGCGUUUAUGAGUGCCAGCCCGCCAGUGCCUGGCAGACCAGGUGCAGCAGCGAAACCAACCACACCACGUCCCUCGUCUACUACACCCACCCCCUUGAAUGCUACUGCUGUCGAGUUCAAGCCUACAUCCACCAACGGGUUGCAAGGCGAGGCGAAGCCCGAGUUGGGCGCCACGAAGGCUGAGGUUGAAGAUGGAGAGAUCGAGGAUGCCAAGAUGGCUGAUGUCCCGCUGGCUGAUCGAACAGCUCAAAAGCCGACUGAAACAAAGGUUUCGUCAACGUCCCAACGUGAUUCGCCUGCAACUGCGGCUCAAGGUACCGAAACACAAGCAUCCGCUAAUCGCGAGCAAAAUUCAAACGAGAAGGAUGUCGCUUCUGCUCGUGGAGCUCAUCUAGAGGCAGACUUGCCUGCUCGACCCCAGGCGCCAGCAUCGCCCGCUGCAUCGCAGGCUGCAUCAAAGAUUUCAGACUCUGGUAGACCGGCAAAUGUACCGAAGCGCCCUGAACCGGAGCGAGCACCAUCCGGUACACAGAACGCCCGAGCACAAGCGCAGGGCCCACACCGAUUCAACCGUGAAGACAAGUUGCCUCCUCGGCCUGAUCUCUUAGAGGAUCGCCGUGACAGACAUCAGGACUAUCCUCGUGGUGGUCGCUUCGGUGGAGACCACGACUAUUCUCGGCCAUUCGAUCCGGCCAUGGGUGAUGGGAGGCCCUACCCCCGUGUUGACAGAGAUUACCCAAGGCAACCUAUGGACGAACCAUUCCGUGGAUUUCCUCACCGGGAUGGGCGCCCAGCGCGUGAUGCGGACUGGCCGGAUCGGUCAGGCCGUCUACGGCCGGAUGCUCGGGAGGGACCACCAAAUGUACGAUCUGUUCCUCCUACGCACCCUGAUCGCGCUGGUAUGAUAGACGACCAUCCAGAAGGCUUUCGGCGUGGCGAAACCGGACGACAAGAUCGGGACGACCGACGGAAUUUGCAACAACGAGCAUUGUCUCCUCCGAGGAUGGAACCACUGGGGCGUCCAGAACGGUUCCCAGCUGAUGAUCGCCGGGGUGCGAACUUUGCCCACCCUCAUGCGCGCAACGAGGAUAUGCCCACAGGGCCACGAAUGACCGGCGUUGACAUGAAUCAUGGACGACUGCGUCAACCGGAGCCGCCUACGGAUGUUCCGUCUGGCCCGCGAGGAAGAAACAAUGCUGGGCGUGGUGGCCGCAAUGCCCCCGGGUCACAACAUUCUCAAGGACAGCCUGCGGCUGGUGCGAUGGCUCCGACUGAACGCCAACCUCCUACUGGCCCUGGUCGGCAGGGGCUACGAAACGCACCGGAUCAGCCUGCCCCAACAGGGCCCUCGUCACCGGGCCCAGAGAAACUCGACACUAGCGGAAUCCACCCGGAUAGACUGAAGGUCCUGCAACAGCAACCCCAGGAAAACACAUAUGGGGGCGGUCAACGCCCGCAUCAUGCGUCAUCUCCUGCAUCGAUUGUCCCCCCAUCUGGUCCACGCAGUGGACUGGGACCACCCUCUGGGCCCGCAGCUAUGCCACGUGGCCCGCCUUCAGGUCCUGGGUUUGGCGGUGAACGCGGCCGGGGAGACAAGCGUUUUGCUGGUAUCAACAACAUGCUCCAGCAAUCCGGUGGGCUGCCGGACCGUGGCCCUGGUCCUACGAUUCGAGGACGGGGUGCCAAUCGACAAUCGGGCGCCAUGAAUGCCCCAUCACCGCAAUCGGCUCGGCCUCCGACGCCCGUUGCGCAGGAGGAGGGUGGUCGCGGUGGCCCGGCGUCUCAAGGUCGCCCUGAUCUCAUGGCCGGCCGGUCUUCUGGCGCUCCCUACGGGGAAGAGGACGGUCAUCCACGUAGCCGACCAGGAGGCAGCCGAGGAGAGCCUGCGGAGGAGUCCAGCGCGGAAAGCCGGCGAAGCCAGCGGUUCUCUUCGGGCACAUACCCUGAGCGUGAACGGGAGCGGGAGCGAGAUCGGGAACGGCGUGGUGGUGAUGAAGAGGGCUCACGCAGUAGCAGUCGACGGGAAGAGCAUCGAGAUCGAAACCGGGAUUACGAGCGUGAACGGAGUCGCCGAAGCGACGCGGGUGGUGCCCCGGGAGGGCCUCGGGAAGAACGGUAUGAGUCUCGCGAGGCGUCUCGACGUGGGCCUGGCGCACGUGAAGACAACCGGCGUCGACGUGACCGGGAGGAGGGCUCGGACAUUGCCCCAAGCAGUCAGGAGCAUGAAGGCCGUCUCCGACCUCCGUCUUCUCUUGGCGGACAGGGUCCUCCACCACCUCCGCCGCCCCCGCUUGCUGCUGGUGAGGAUGACCGACGAUGGGGAGGUGGGCGCGGGCUGCGCGAUCGUGAGCGUGACCGUAAUCGGGAUCGUCCGCGUGAACGGGAUUACCAUCGCGAGGGGGCGCCUAGUGGGCCUCACCGCAAGCGUAAUCGACCUGGGGACGAAGGAGGACAUGGAGAUGGCGGCGGACGGGGAGGAAUGCGGAUGGGAAGCGAGUCUAAACGGCCCCGACGUGGCGCGUGA